AUGUCUAAUUUGACCGUCGUCGACGUCCACACCCACAUGUAUCCCCCCCAGUACAUCAAGAUGCUCGAGUCUCGGACCACCAUCCCCCUGGUUCGCAAGUUCCCCCAAGCACCCGAGCCUCGCCUCAUCCUGCUGGAAGCCGAGCUGGGGGACUUGCAAAACGCCGUGGACGACGCCUCGGCAAAGCCUCCGGGACGACCCCUCACGUCUCACUUCGCAUCUCUCGACCAAAAGAUUCACUUCAUGGACACUCACCACAUCGAUAUAUCUGUCAUUUCUCUGGCUAACCCGUGGCUGGACUUUGUCGACGCCUCCCAAGCCGGCGACAUUGCCGAGUCCGUAAACAAUGAAUUCUCACACAUGUGCGGCAAGCACCACGGCCGCCUCUUCUUCUUCGGCACCUUGCCUCUCACAGCGCCGUUCCAAACGCUUCUGGCAUCCAUAUCUCGGCUCAAGGACCUGAAAUACUGCCGUGGGGUCAUCCUUGGCACCUCGGGGCUCGGUAAAAGACUGGAUGACCCGCGUCUGAUGCCGGUUUUCGAAGCCCUUGCUGCCGCAAACCUGACAGUCUUCCUCCAUCCUCACUACGGCAUGCCCAACGAUGUGUGGGGCCCUCGUGCUGGCCAGUACGGCCAUGUCCUUCCGCUGGCCUUGGGCUUCCCCAUGGAGACGACUAUUGCCGUGGCACGAAUGUAUUUGGCCGGCGUCUUUGACCAGGUCCGCAACCUGAGGAUGCUGCUGGCCCACAGUGGCGGCACUCUGCCCUUCCUCGCCGGGCGAAUCGAGAGCUGUAUUUUGCACGACGGACAGCUUGUCCGAGAAGGGAAGGUUGGCAAAGGUCGUCGCACGAUCUGGCAUGUGCUCAGGGAACAGAUCUAUCUGGAUGCCGUCAUAUAUUCCGAGGUCGGAUUGACGGCCGCAAUCGACGCAAGCGGUUCCGACAGACUCAUGUUUGGGACCGACCAUCCCUUCUUCCCGCCCAUCACGAGUGACGAGCAAGGACAGUGGGAAAGCGUCAGUCUGAACGCGGAGGCUGUUACCAAGGCCGUUGGCCAAGGAUCUGCCGAGGCCAAGGCAAUCAUGGGCGCAAACGCCAUUGGUGUUUUAAGGCUAGAAGAGCAAGCAUGA